CGGGCGAAGGCGAAUCAGGGGCGUUUGGUGGCGAGUCGACGGUGGAGAUUUGCGUUUCAUGUCCCCCACCGAAUCCCAACUAAUAAUACUUGGCGAGGGUGCCUCUGGCUCUCAGCCUCGUCAUUGGCCUGUCGCCCAAGCGUUGAAUUGCUUGAGGAGUUGGGAAGUGGGCGAGUUUGCAGGGGGGUGGCGCGCCGGCCGCAGACAUGUCCACGACUCCUUCCUCUGGCGGAGGAAGCUUCAGGAAGUCGGGCCACCGGAGGAUCGACGACAUCAGGGCGGAGGACGAGGAGUCCAGUGAUGAGUCCGUGGACUUUGGCCGCGCCUACGGCUACGACGGCGGAAUGUUGCCCAUUUUCCUCAACGACCAGAGCGAUCUGGUCGAGGUGAUGCUGGAGCUCGACGAGGAUUCGAUGGUUGUGCGGAGCGUCGCUGCGCCGACCUCUGCCGCCGCUGCCGCCUCAGCGGAGCGGGCAUCGUCGGGAAGCCUGAGCCGGAGCUCGUCGACGGCGUCGAGGAUCCGGCGCAAGUUGGCGUGGCUGUUUUCUCCUGUUCGACGGAGGAAGCCGGCGGACGCGACGACGGAUGAUGAGCAUUCCUCUUCGCCCGGCCCGGCCGCCGCCGCCAUGUCGUCGCGGGAUGCCCGACGGAUCCGGGCGCGGCUGGAUCGGACGCGGGAGGGAGCGCGGCGGGCGCUUAAGGGCCUCCGCUUCAUCAGCCAAACGACGACGGGGACGGCAGACGCGAACGAGCUCUGGCAAAGGGUGGAGGAGCGCUUCGCCGCCCUCGCCGACAACGGCCUCCUCGCCCGUGAUGAUUUCGCUGAAUGCAUCGGGAUGGUGGAUUCCAAGGAAUUCGGUGUGGGCAUCUUCGACGCCCUAGCGCGAAGGCGGCGCCAAAACUUCGAGAGGAUAACCAAAGAAGAGCUCUACGAUUUCUGGCUUCAAAUCUCUGACCAAAGCUUCGAUGCACGCCUCCAAAUCUUCUUCGACAUUGUGGAUACGAAUGUGGAUGGGAGGAUAACAAGAGAGGAAGUACAAGAGUUGAUAGUUUUGAGUGCUUCGGCCAACAAGCUGUCGAAGCUGAAGGAGCAGGCGGAGGAGUACGCCUCGCUCAUCAUGGAAGAACUGGACCCAGAAAACCUCGGCUACAUUGAGCUGUGGCAGUUGGAAGCGCUGCUGCUGCAGCGGGACACGUACAUGAACUACAGCCGGCCACCGAGCACCGCGAGUGGAGCAGGGUGGAGCCAGAGCAUCGCCGGCGGCGGGACGAAAACAUCCUUCCGACGGCGGUGGUUCAACCCGCGGCGCGCGGCGACGCGGCUGAGGCUGGCAGCGUGGGAGAACUGGCAGCGGGCGUGGGUGGUGCAGCUGUGGGUGGCGGUCAUGGCGGGGCUGUUCGCCUGGAAGUUCACGCAGUACCGCCACAGUGCGGCGUUCGCCGUGAUGGGGUAUUGCCUUCCCACCGCCAAGGGCGCCGCGGAGACGCUGAAGCUCAACAUGGCCCUCGUCCUCCUCCCCGUCUGCCGCAACACCCUCACUUGGCUCCGCGCGACCCGGGCCCGGCACUUCUUCCCCUUUGACGACAGCAUUACCUUCCACAAGAUGAUUGCGACAGCAAUAGUGGCAGGAAUCCUGCUCCACGCCGGGAACCACUUGACGUGCGACUUCCCGCGGCUGAUCAACUCUUCCCCGUUGGAGUACGAGACGGUGGCGCAGUACUUCGGAUCGGAGAAGCCGACGUACUGGAGCCUGUUAAAGGGGGUGGUAGGUCUGACGGGAAUUGCCAUGGUGGUGCUGAUAACCGUCUCGUUCACGCUGGCAAUGCACCGGUUCAGGAAGAACAGCGCGCGGCUGCCGUACCCCCUGAACCGUCUCACUGGAUUCAACGCCUUCUGGUACUCCCACCACCUGCUCGCCCUCGUCUACCUGCUCCUGCUCAUCCACGGCUACUUUCUCUUCCUCGUGCACAGUUGGUAUAAUCGGACGACUUGGAUGUACAUCUCUGUCCCAUUGCUGCUCUAUAUAGGUGAAAGAAAUCUGAGAGCUUUCCGUUCCAAGGCUUAUUCUGUCAAGAUCUUGAAGGUCUCGUUGCUACCUGGUGGUGUUUUGACUGUAACAAUGUCCAAGCCACAAGGGUUUCGCUACAGAAGUGGACAGUACAUAUUUUUGCAAUGCCCUACAAUCUCACCAUUUGAAUGGCAUCCUUUUUCAAUUACAUCGGCUCCUGGUGAUGAAUACCUGAGCGUUCACAUACGAACCAAUGGCGACUGGACCGAGGAGCUCAAACGUGUUUUCAUAGAGAACUACUUCUCACCACAUUCAUUAAGGAUAGCAUCAUUAAAUGAUUUAGGUUCUGCACAGAACAGCAUGGUUAGAUUGUUUGUGGACGGUCCUUAUGGUGCACCAGCACAGGACUUCAGAAACUAUGAUGUUCUACUGCUUGUGGGUCUAGGCAUAGGGGCAACACCUUUCAUCAGCAUUCUCAGGGACCUUCUUAACAAUAUUAAAGUGUCAGAUGAACUAAUGGAGUUGGCGAUGGACACGAGCCGAUCAGAAGUCAGUAAUAGCAGCCUCAGCUUCUCAACAACCAGCAGCAGUACCAAGAAGAGGUCAUAUAGAACUAGCAGUGCUCACUUCUACUGGGUCACAAGAGAGGCAGCAUCUUUCGAGUGGUUCAAAGGAGUAAUGAAUGAUGUAGCUGAAAUGGACAAAAAGGGUAUUAUAGAGAUGCAUAAUUAUUUAACAAGUGUUUAUGAGGAGCGUGAUGCAAGGACUACUCUCCUUGCAAUGGUGCAAGCUCUGAAUCAUGCUAAGAAUGGAGUUGAUAUUGUCUCAGGAACACAGGUGAGGACUCACUUUGCAAGACCAAAUUGGAAAGAAGUAUUCACCAAAUUAGCUGCCAAACAUCCUGGAGCAACAGUAGGCGUCUUCUACUGUGGAACACCAACUCUAGCAAAAGAACUAAGAAAGCUAUCGCUUGAGAUGAGUCACAGAACAUCAACAAGAUUCCAUUUCCACAAAGAGUACUUCUAAUCAAACAGAUUCGGCUGGGGAAGAACACCAAACUUUUGUUUUGAGGUAAAUAAAUGCAACCCUACAUAAAUGUACAUAGUGUGCAUUAAAGUGGUUACAAAUUGACAGGUAGAGAAUGAAGAGAUGAACUCAGGCAUCAUCAGUUAUAAAGUUGCAUAUAUGUACAGACAAAAGCAUUAAUUACAAUAACAUUACACCUCAUUCCUUGAUUCUGUAUAUGUUGUAAUGAAAGUUGAUGAAAUUUACUAUUUUAUCAAGGACCUUAUUGUAUUUUAUUCUCUCA